GCGGAGAAAUGUCCGACACUACAGUAAAUAGUUUAGAAGUUCCUUUAGUAUUAAAGCACGUUAAAAACAGGAGCAGUUUAAAAGAUCGAGAUGUUAGGAUAAUGAGCAAAAGAGGUCGAAUAAACCUUCAUCUAAACAAAAUUCCGGAUAAAUCUGUAAGAUAUGCCAGAGAUCUUUUUAACACCUUGGUUAAUAUGAGAUGGAGAUGGAUAAUCAUCCUCGUGAUCGCCUUAAAUAUCUUUGCUUACUGUUUUAUAGGUACGUUGUUCUGGUUGGAUGCUUGGUACACCGGCGAUUUUGAUGACAAAGACAACCACAGAGUGUGUAUUAGAGGAGUACACAAAUUUACCAGUUUUUUCAUGCUCGGAAUAGAAACCAUUACCACAACAGGAUAUGGUUAUUUUCAUCCGACAGAAUUCUGCAACUUCGUCUUUGCUAUUAUGACAUUCAGCACAUUGGUCACCAUUAUUAUAGACGGUGCUUUUAUUUCGGUGGUCUACGUGAAAUUUGGACGACCUUCGCACAAAGAGUCCAACUAUAUAUUUAGCAGAAAAGCUGUGAUAACUUUAAGGAAUGGGAAAAUGUGCCUUAUUAUACGAUUGAACGAUAAGAACGGAAAACACUGGAUAGACAGCAAGAUAAAUUUGUUUCUAGUAAGAGAACGCGUUGUGGAUAAUAUGGAGUUUGUGCAUAAUUAUGUGGAAGAAUUAUCUAUAAAACCGUUGGGGGCGAUAUUUUGGCCUGUAGAAAUUGUUCACGAGAUUGAUUCGAGUAGUCCUUUGUGGACAUACUCACCUGAGGACAUUAUUUCUAAAAGGAUUGAAAUUUUGGCGAUAAUAUCUGGUUGCUCGACUCAGACUGGACAACCUUCGAGGAGUCAGACAUCAUAUUUAAGCAAAGAAAUUUUAUGGGGCUAUAGAUUUGAAGACUGUUUAGAAUUCAAUCAUGUUAAAGGCGAAUAUUACGUCAAUAACAAAAACUUCAAUGAAACACGAGAAUUUGAUGCACCUCUUUGUAGUCCUCAAAUGUUAGAGAUCAUGUAUAGAGAUAGUAUAGAUUCUAGUUUAGCCUAGUUAAAUACAGAUACCCGUUUUAAAUUAUAUGGGAAGCGGCAUGAAUGCAAGUUAAACUCUGAUAUACAUAUAGACAUAUAUUAUACAAGGUGAAACCACCAUUUAAUAUUAAGACUGAAUUAUCAACUAUAUUUUUCUAUUCUUCCAGAACUUUUAAUUUUUUGCCUUCCAAGAGUAUAACUAACUAUACUCUUAUAUUUUAUGAUGCUGAAAAUAGUUAUUGCUCCAAAGUAGGGCCCACCAUUUGCCUUGUUCCAUUAAACAUUAAUAACAUUAUUUAAAUUUAAAAAAUGUAGCUUUUCUUUAGAGUAAUAAUCUAAGGAAAUAUAUCUUUCUUUUAUCUAUAUACAUUAUAAUUAAAUUACAUUAUAGAAGUAAAAAUAGGCGUCAUUAAACCACGUUAAGUAUGGUAUGUUAGAUUCUUCAUCUAAAAACUCUUUUUCCUAAGAAUGAAAAAAUUUCUGUGUUUCUUGUUUAACGGUAGUCUGAAAUUUUUCUGAAACUGCUGACUAACAUGUUAUCAAAAAAUCGAAGUAGUUAGUCUUAAGAGAUGAAAAAUGAGUAUAAAUAUUUUGUUAUAUUAAAUUUCGAUGAUGAUGAUC